AUGCCUGGCGCAAGCGUGGCCGUCAUGGCUCCAUCGGCAGCAUCAACACCGGCUACCCGCAAGACCUCACUCGCCCCGGAGAGAAAGUACAAGUGCCAGUUCUGCAAUCGUGCCUUCAGCCGGAGCGAGCACAGGAGCAGACAUGAGCGAUCUCAUACCAAAGAGCGCCCGUUCAAGUGCCUAAAGUGCCGUAGCACCUUCGUGCGACGCGAUCUCCUCCUCCGUCAUGACCGCACUGUCCAUGCUAAAGAUGGUGGCGUGCCCCUCCACAGCGACGGCAAGCGUCGCGGCGGACCCAAGACUGCCAGGCCUGUCAGCGGGCCUUCCAAGUCUGCCAUCGCGCUUGAUACUUCUGCUCUGGAGCAGAUCGAAGCCAGCAGCGAGGGUAUUUUUGACGUGGAGACUGCUGCUAUGCUGGUUGCUGACCUGCAGCAAAAAGCGAACGCAGCGGCUCGAGCCGGUGGCAGUCAUUACCAAGGCAGCUCGGCCAUGUCCUUCACGCACAGCGAGUCGACGAUGGAGCCCUCGGUCACCUACCCCAACGGCGCAAUCGGCUUGCCGCAGUGGGAAGGCCUCAUGGCCCAAGAACAUAAGCCACACUCCAUCGCCUCGGCUGCAUCGGCGUCGUUUGAGCCACUGAACUCCAGCCAGCUGUCUACUCACGCCGGCCAUCGUGCCAACAGCAUGGCCCCUGGCCUGCAAGCCCUCGUCAAUUCGCUUCCCGCUUCGGCCGCAGGCACGCCGAACCCUCAGUCGCCUUUCCUGCCGCAGCCUACCCAGAGCUCGGUCGACGCGUCUCACCCGGCGGCGGGGUUUAAGCUCCCCCAAGUCAACAGCGAUGAAGAACGGAACAUGAUAUUGGACAAUAUCCGCCACACUGAUAGCGAGCACGCCAUCCCGGAAGGCUUCCGCGUCCCUAGCCUGCCAUCUCUGAACCGCUAUCUGGCGACCUACUUUGGCCUCUUCCACCACCACCUGCCAUUCCUGCACCCGGCCUCUUUUGAGCCAACCCAGGUGUCGCCUCCUUUGCUCCUGGCUGUCCUCUCGAUUGGCGCUCUGUACGCGUUCGACCAAGAGCACGCCUAUAUGCUCCACAUCGGCUCCAAGGUGCUGGUCAACCAGUUCCUGCAGAAUAAGGAAAAUUUCAGCUCACGGAAGUGCCCGCUUUGGACAAUGCAGAGCUCACUGCUCAACAUGAUCUUUGCCAGCUGGAGUGGUGAUCCGAAGGGCCUUGAAUGGGCGUGCUCCAUCAAGAGCCUGCUUGCCAACAUGGUUGCUGGAAAUCGCUACGAACUAAAGCUCCGCCAAGAAGCCCGUGAAGGUCGACCGCCGACUCGGGCCGAGUGGGUCGAAGACGAAGGUUGCCGUCGUACAUACUACGCCGUCUACAUAUUCUUCGGUUUGCUGACGCUCACAUACAACCACACGCCGGCCAUCAGCUUCAACGAGUUCGAGGAUCUCCAGCUGCCAUCCACGGAGGCCCUGUGGAAUCUCAAGGUGUCCGAGGACGGUUGGCAAGAUCACCUCAGGAUCUCUCCUAGCGUCACGUUCAUGGACGCUCACGAUAACCUCUUCCAAGGGGAGACACUCAAGUACAGCGCGUUUGCUACUCGCGUCAUGAUCAACGCGCUCUUCCUCGAGGUCUGGUAUCACAAGCGCAGCCCGGAGGCUCUGCAAGACGUGGUUACCGAGUACAAGCUGCGGCUCGCGCUCGAGACGUGGGAGAAGUCUCUCGAUCUCUGCGAGCCCGAGGCUUUCUCGGUGCCAUUGAGCGCGCCUCACAAGGGCCAUCCGCUGAUUUUCAAUGCUAAGGCUAUGUUCCGCAAUGCACGCGCUCGGCUCGAGGUGGACUUGAAGACGGUUCAGGAGGCGCUGCGGUACCACGACUCGUAUGAGGUCGCGGCGGCCAUGUCCAACGCGAGAGAUCGCGUCAAGCGCUCGAGCGAGAUGAUCAAGGUCAUUCAGGAGUGCUACAACUGCAUCGAAACGGCGGUUGUCCAGGGUGUCCGUUGGGUGGCCCGCACCUCGCCGACGAAUUGGAGCAUUGAGCACCCCCUGUGCGGCAUGGAUCUCAUGAUCGUCCUCAGCCUCUGGCUCUACCGUCUGGAACAUGACGAGGAGCCCGCGACGGCAGAGGAGACGGUCAUGUACAACCGUAUCCGUCAGCUGUUUGACAAGGAUCUCGACGAAACUUAUGUUGAUCACUUGAGCUCCGUCGUAGCCCGUCUCUGGGGUUCCAUGCUUGAUGAGGUGGUUGUUUGGGGAAUCACCCGGCUGAUGGGAGAGUCCUUCCGGCUCCACUCGCAGGCCUUGAUCGGCUAUGUGGAUGAUAUUGCUGCAUCCUCAAGCGUCUCGACGCCGUCCAUGACGUCUCAAGGCGCGGACGAGGACAGCGUGUAUUAG